UUAUUAGGUUUGAUUAUUUUGUAGUUGAUAUCAUGUUGUACCCCUGGAUGUAUUCUGUAGUAUUAUAAUGUUACGGAGUAUAUCAGUGUUAAGAGGGGCUUUUACUCACCUGGGCUGAACGGCACACCAGGCCUGUGAGCAGUAAAAUAACAAUCUGUAGCCUCAUUCUCUUGUCUUGUUUCCCUCCUCAGUGGAAUUGGUGAGUGCGCUCUCGGCUCCGUUCAGCUCCUUUAACCUCUGAAUUCUGACUCACCGCAAACACUGACUCAGAGUUUGGUUAACCAUCUCUCUCUCUCGCUCUAUUGAUCGAGCUGUUCCUAUUGAUCGGUUUGCUCACAGGCCGAACUUCAUCCCUCUGAACAGGCGGCCCUGACGGGAAAUCAGACACUGACAACACAAGAUGAGUCAGCACCACAAGCACAACAAUAACACGUUCUACUGGUUAUACUGGGAGCUGACAAGAACCAUUACAAUCUUCUACUGGUUAGACAUGGGGCCGUCCAUUACAACCAGUCUUCUACUGAUUAUAGUGGGAGCUGCCCAUUACAACCAGUCUUCUACUGAUUAUAGUGGGAGCUGCCCAGUCUUCUACUGGUUAUAAUAGGAGCUGUCCGGUACAACCACAGUCUUCUACUGGUUAUACUGGGAACUGCUUAGUACAAAAACAGUUCUCUUCUGGUAAGGACCCUGCAGUACUGAUUUUGCAGGGGUCCCGGCAGCGGGUCGGUCAGUGUUAUGAUGAUGUCACUAAGUUUAAGUUUAAGUUUCAAUUUUCAACUGCUAUUUUCCGAACUGGAAACAGGAAGCGUGUGUUAUACAGAUAGUCUUCAUGGUGGCCUGUUACCAAGGGGGUACGUGGUUAAAAGGUAAGUAGAGCAGGCAGGGAAGUGAGAUUCUGUGGUUAGCACCAUCACAUUCAUCUCUUGAACCAUGUACAAUCCGUCAAACACAGGAUGUCUGCUCUUCACGGCUAUGUCUCUGGCCCGGUCUCUCUGACUGUCUCUCCCAGUGGAGGGCAGGUGUUCAAGUAUGAAUCUUUGUCUCUGGGAUGCGAUCCAGCAGACAGUCCCGAAGGAUCUUCCACGUGGAUCGUCUGGAGAUUUACUCACGAAAGCCCUUUGCUAAGCGGAGGUUUGUCUUGGUGUGGGAGUCACUGGGGGGAAUCAUCUUCCACCAACUGACAGCGGCCUGUACUGGUGUCAGUCCUCCCAGGGAGAAAGCAGUUCUGCCCUCACAUCAAUGUCACAGGUCACACGACCAUCAUCACCACUGUUCCCAUCGCUGCACUCAUCAGCACCACUGUUCCCAUGCCAACAUCCCAUCAACACCACUGUUCAAAUGACUACAGCCACUAGCACCACUGUUUCAAUUACUACACGCAUCCGCCAGUAUACAUGAUGCAUACGCAUCAGUUCCCAUGAAAGUACCAUCAUCACUAAACAGGCCAUACUUAUUAUCCAAUGGUUUAGAUGCUAUGAGGUGUACUAUUAGUGUGCUGUGUGUUCCAGGUGGUCAUGUGAUCCUUGAGAGUCCAGUCCUUCCUGUGAUGGAGGGACAAAAUGUGACUGUGAGCUGCGUAGACAACUGGGGCAGCCCCAGCCCGGGACUCUCUCAUCUCAACUUCACCAAGAAGUACGACACCGCCACCUACUGGUGCCGGUCUGCUACUGGCCAACACAGCAACAUGGUCAAUAUAACAGUCCACGGUCCCGGCAAGGUGCUGAGGUCCCGGCUGGCCCUGAGCAGCCUCUACCAGCAGGAGGGCAUGGACCCCGACAUGGUGUUCUGUAGGACCAUACGCGACCAGUAUCGGGGAUGUACCCAGGAUAACAACAGCUUGAUGUCAGAGAUCCAUGGUUCAGGUGGCUGAUGAUAAAUAGCAGAACGCCUCCACCAGAACCUACCAUACCCACAACCAGACCUACCAUAAUCUACUACCAGCAGAUCGACCACAACCACAAGACCUACCAGCACAACCACAAGACCCAUCACCACCUCCACCAGCACCAUCAGACCUUCUACCACCUCCACCUUAAUCACAACCUACAGGAAAUUGGCUUGACAGCAGCCAGGAUGAGAGGAGGAGCCAUCACACUGGGCCUGCUCCAGCUGCUGCUGCUGGUGGAGCUUGGCCACACGGCUGCGCUCAACUCCACCAUUACGGUUGCCCCGCAUAUCACCAACACCCUGGAGGUGGCCCACCAUAUCACCCACCUGACGCGCUGCCAGAGUGAGCGGGAGAAGCCCCUCUUGCGGCCCGGGUCGUACGUGCCGACGUGUGACGACGGCGGCAACUUCACGCCAAUGCAGUGCUCGGCAUCCACGGGGUACUGCUGGUGUGUGAACAUCUACACCGGAGUGGAGAUCCCCGGCACCAGGACACCUCCGGGAAACACGCCCCCCAGAUGUGAUUCCGAUCAUGAGCCUUUCAGUGGAGACUUCUGUCCCCCUGGUUGGACGAGAUAUGGCCUACGUUGCUUCAACUUCAUCAAAAAACCAACCAGAUGGAUCCAAGCCCAGAUGAACUGUAGGUUCCAGGGCAGUAACCUCGUAUCGGUCCACAGCCAGGAAGAGAACCGCUUCCUCCAGGAGUUCAGCGGUGGGGCCCCCCUCACCUGGAUAGGAGCCGAAGACUGCAUAGAGCCAAUAGUGUUUUUGUGGACGGAUGGCUCGGCGUUUGACUAUGAGAACUUCCCUCGAUUCCCAAUGAAAACCAACGGAAAUUGUGUUGGGAUGAAUGUUCGUUUUUAUAGAGGGAGGAGGGUCUGGAUGAAGGACUCAUGCGAGUCCCUGAACCCCUACAUCUGCGCCAAUAACAUCUGAACCUGUGAUGACAACACACCACCAUGAUGAAAUCACACCCCUCUUCCUCUCUCUAGAAUCUUUCUCUGUUUCACUGCUAAUGCUUACCACACUGCUAAAGCUACCUGGCAGGCUAACACUGCUAAUGCUAACCAGACCAAGCUUACCAGGCUCAUGCUACAAGGAAUAUUGACAAUUCUAAUAUUAAAAGGUAUGCUAACACUGCUAAUGCUACGAGAUGUUAUACACAUUCUUGGUUUUUUUAAAUGGUGACGGAUGUUUAGUUUCCCCGAUAAAUAAAUGCUUUAAAAUGAUGUCAGCUUGUCCUAAAUCAUGACUUUUAAUGGCUAUCGAUGUGGCAAACAUGUGUUCUGUUAAUAUGCCACUCUAAUGAACACACAACAGUGAGUCUGUGAGUGUGUGCUUACACUAGAGCAGAGGUCUUCAACAGGGGGUCCGCGACCCCUAGGGGGUCCGCGGAGUUACUGCAGGGGGGUCGCGAAAGUUUUGAUUAAUAGACAUUUGUUUUAUAUUCCCCCCCCCCCCCGCAAUGUUUUCCACAAAUUGAAAUGUCUUUAAAUACACAUUAACAUGAUUCCAACACACUGUGUAUUGUGUAUUUAACACUAGGAACGCCGGGCCAUUUUUACUUACUACUAGCGCCACAGAGGGGUCAAAUGACCCCAUUUGAAUGAGAGUCUGUGCAUUGGCACAUAAUGAUCACUAGGUGGCGCCAAUGAGCUACGACUGCGCGAGCGCCACAUGUGUGUGUGUGUGUCGCACUCGCAAGCCUAGUCCUCACGAUUUUGGUCAUUUAAUUCUCAUUUAAUUCUUGCCGUUGGCUUUCAAGUUUUGGUGACAUUUUGAUGUAUUUGAUUUUAAUGAAAGCCCAGCAGGAGAGAGCUUUUCUCUGCCUGCUCCUUCAAUUAAGAAGAAGGAGGACAGCAAAGCAACGUCCGUUUCUCGUCUGGUCUUUAUAUCUACCCAGGGCUGUAGUGGUCAAAUUAGAGGUGGGUAAACUAUGAAUUUUUUGAUCAGACCGACCUCGACACAACGCAACGCAAAGUGUUGCGACUCUGUAAGGCUAGCCUGGCUAUAUUCCAUUAUGUUAUCAAUUAAAGUCAUAUUAAAUCAAUCAAUGACAGUCAAUGAAUGUGUUUGUAGUUUAUUCAAGUUAUUCAAAUUUCAACAGUAAAGAAAAGUAUGUGUAGAUUAAGAACUAUCUAUCUAUGGCAUGUGUGUAUGUGUGUGUAUUAGU